CCGCAAAGUACCGGCGGUGCCGCCGCGCCUCCUGCCGCACCGGCUCUGCCGCUCCGCACCCGCGGCCGACACGCUCGGCUCCUGCCUCUUCUCCUGCACUCCUGCCGAGAUGUCCGCGCUCCUCCUGGCCCUGGCGACGCUCUGGGGAUUACCGCCCGUCGCCGAGGCGCUGGCAGCGGCAGCCCGCGGAGAAGAGCAUCCCUUGUGUGACGCAGGGGAGUUCCUGUGCCGCGAUGGCGUCACUUGUGUGUCCUGGCACUGGCUGUGUGACGGGGAGCCCGACUGUCCUGAUGGCUCUGAUGAGUCCCUGGACACCUGUCCUGAGGAAUCAGAUUUCAAGUGCAGCCCAAAUUUCAUCAGCUGCAUUGGUACCAACAAGUGCAUCCACUUGUCCCAGCUCUGCAAUGGGGUCUACGACUGCUCCGAUGGCUACGACGAAGGAGUUCACUGCAGGGAGCUGCUCCCCAGGUGCCAGCAGAUGAAUUGCCAGUACAAAUGUGCCAUCACCAGGAACAGCAGCCGGUGUUACUGCAGGGAUGGCUAUGAAACAGGCAGUGACGGGAGAAGCUGCACAGAUGUGAAUGAAUGUGACACGUAUGGAAGCUGCAGCCAGACGUGUGUAAAUACAGAUGGGUCCUACUCUUGCAGCUGUGUGGAGGGUUAUGUGCUUCAGCCUGAUAACAAGUCCUGCAAGGCCAAAACCAGGCCUGCUGAUAGAGCUCCUCUUCUCCUGAUUGCAAGCUCUGAAAAGAUUGAGGUUUUGUACCUCAAUGGCAGCCAGAUGUCUGCCAGGAGCCCUGUGAAGGGAUCUGCAGUGGUGACCCUGGACUACAGCUACAGAGAGGACAGCCUGUGCUGGAUUGAGUCCAGAGAUGUCUCCAGUCAGCUCAAGUGCUCCAAGAUCUCCAGAGCUGGGACCUUUCCAGAGGAGUGGACAAUCAACAUCGCCCAGUACCUGCACAAUGUACAGCAAAUAGCACUCGACUGGAUCACGGGGAAUUUUUACUUUGUGGACCACAUCAGCGACAGGAUCUUUGUCUGCAGCCAGAACGGGUCAGUGUGUGUGACCCUCAUCGAGCUGGACCUCAGCAACCCCAAGGCCAUAGCUGUUGAUCCAACAGCAGGAAAGCUUUUCUUUACAGACUAUGGGAAUGCUGCCAAGGUGGAGAGAUGUGACAUGGAUGGAAUGAACAGGACGUGGAUAGUAGACUCGAAAAUUGAACAGCCAACUGCUCUGGCACUAGACCUCAUCAAUAAAUAUGUGUACUGGCUUGACAUAUAUCUGGAGAGUGUGGAAGUUGUUGACUAUCAGGGGAGAAGGAGGCAAACAAUAACUAAAGGCAGACAAAUUAGGCAUCUCUGUGGUUUGGCAGUAUUUGAAAACUAUCUAUAUACAUUUAAUUCAGAUAACCUCAGCAUUUUACGAAUAAACAGGUACAAUGGCACUGAUGUUCAGGCUCUUGCUAGGCUGGACAAUGCUAAAGAGAUCCGUGUGUACCAGAAAAGACCUCAAGCAGCAGCCAGAAGCCACGCGUGUGAAGCGGAUCCACACGGGAUGCCCGGGGGAUGCUCCCACAUCUGCCUGCUCAGCAGCAGCUACAAAGCACGGACCUGUCGCUGCAGGACUGGCUUCAUCCUGGGGAGUGAUGGCAGGUCAUGCAAAAGACCAAAGAAUGAAUUGUUUCUUUUUUAUGGGAAGGGACGGCCAGGAAUAAUCCGGGGAAUGGACCUGAAUACCAAAAUAUCUGAUGAGUACAUGAUCCCCAUAGAGAACCUGGUCAAUCCUCGUGCUCUGGACUUCCAUGCUGAAACCAAUUACAUUUAUUUUGCUGAUACCACCAGUUUCCUAAUUGGACGACAGAAAAUUGAUGGCACAGAGCGAGAAACAAUCCUCAAAGACGAUCUUGAUAAUGUGGAAGGCAUAGCAGUGGACUGGAUUGGAAAUAAUCUGUACUGGACCAAUGAUGGCCACAGGAAAACAAUUGCUGUUGCCAGAUUGGAAAAAGCUGCUCAGAGCAGGAAAACUCUGUUGGAGGGGGACAUGUCCCACCCUAGAGGAAUUGUUGUGGAUCCUGUCAAUGGAUGGAUGUAUUGGACAGACUGGGAGGAAGAUGAAAUAGAUGCCAGCGUGGGGAGGAUUGAGAAGGCCUGGAUGGACGGCUACAGCCGGCAGGUUUUCGUCACAUCAAAGAUGCUCUGGCCAAACGGUUUAACUCUGGACUACCGUGCCAAUGUGCUCUACUGGUGUGAUGCCUAUUAUGAUCACAUUGAAAGGAUCUAUUUGAAUGGGACUGACAGAAAGGUAGUCUAUAAUGGAAAAGAUUUGAAUCAUCCUUUUGGACUGUCACAUCAUGGAAAUUACAUCUACUGGACAGAUUACAUGAAUGGGUCAAUUUUCCAGUUGGAUCUGGUAACAAGGAAUGUGACACUGCUGAGAAGUGAGAGGCCACCUUUAUUUGGGCUCCAGAUUUAUGACCCACGCAAACAGCAAGGUGAUAAUGCCUGUCGUGUUAAUAAUGGAGGCUGCAGCACUCUUUGUUUGGCCAUUCCUGGAGGCAGAGUUUGUGCCUGUGCUGAUAAUCAGCUUUUGGAGGAAAACAGUACAACCUGCAUGAUUAAAGAGGGAGAGGAGCUGCCCCAGCUGUGCAAGGCAGAGCAGUUCCAGUGCAGCAACAAGCGCUGCAUCCAGGAGCGCUGGCGCUGCGACGGGGACGACGACUGCCUGGACGGCAGCGACGAGCACUCAGAGAUCUGCUUCAAUCAUAGCUGUCCUGAUGAUCAAUUCAAGUGCCAAAAUAAUCGCUGUAUUCCCAAGAGGUGGCUUUGUGAUGGAGCUAAUGAUUGUGGGAAUAAUGAAGAUGAAUCAAAUAAAACUUGUGCAGCAAGAACGUGUCAGGUUAAUCAGUUUUCUUGUGGGAACGGACGGUGCAUUCCAACGUCAUGGCUCUGUGACAGGGAGGAUGACUGUGGAGAUGGAACUGAUGAAAUGACAUCCUGUGAGUUCCCAACAUGUGAGCCACUAACUCAGUUUAUCUGCAGAAAUGGAAGAUGCAUUAGCAGCAAAUGGCUCUGUGAUUCAGAUGACGACUGUGGGGAUGGCAGUGAUGAGCUGGGCUGUGUCCACUCGUGCUCUGCUGAUCAGUUCAGGUGUCAGAAUGGCAGAUGUAUCCCAGGCCACUGGGCAUGUGAUGGUGACAAUGACUGUGGAGACUUCAGUGAUGAAACCAAAACAAACUGCAGCAGGGAAGAAACUCCCUCUCCUGGAAGGUGCAGUGGGAGGGAAUUUCAGUGCAGUCCUGACGGGAACUGCGUUCCUGAGCUGUGGCGCUGCGAUGGAGAAAAGGACUGCGAAGAUGGCAGCGAUGAGAAAGGCUGCAAUGGAACUCUGAGAGUGUGUGAUGAGAAAACAAAGUUCUCCUGCAAGAGCACAGGGAGAUGCAUUAGCAAAGCGUGGCUAUGUGAUGGCGAUAUUGAUUGUGAGGAUCAGUCUGAUGAGGAUAAUUGCGAGGGCUAUUUGUGUGGACCACCAAAAUACCCUUGUGCUAAUGAUACCUCCAUCUGCCUACAGCCUGAGAAGCUCUGCAAUGGGAGAAGAGAUUGUCCUGAUGGAUCUGAUGAAGGCGAUCUUUGUGAUGAAUGUUCACUUAACAAUGGUGGGUGUAGCCAUCAGUGUUCUGUGGUUCCUGGAGGAAGGAUUGUGUGCUCCUGCCCUGCAGGAUUCAAUCUCACUACAGACAACAAAACUUGUGAGAUUAUGGAUUUCUGCACCAAGCACCUGAAGUGCAGCCAAGUUUGUGAACAGCAUAAAAAUACUGUCAAGUGCUCAUGUUAUGAAGGCUGGAAACUCAGUAAGGAUGGGGAGAGUUGUGUUAGUACUGAUCCAUUUGAGGCUUUCAUAAUUUUUUCAAUUCGACAUGAAAUCAGAAAAAUUGAUCUUCACAAGCGUGACUACAGCCUCUUAGUUCCUGGUUUGAGAAAUACAAUAGCCCUGGAUUUUCAUUUCAGUCAGAGUUUGCUCUACUGGACAGAUGUGGUGGAGGACAAAAUUUACAGGGGCAAGCUCUCUGAUACUGGAGGUGUUAGUGCCAUUGAGGUUGUGGUGCAGCAUGGCCUGGCCACUCCUGAAGGUCUGACUGUGGAUUGGAUAGCAGGAAACAUUUACUGGAUAGACAGCAAUUUGGACCAAAUUGAAGUAGCAAAACUCGAUGGCACUUUGAGGACAACAUUAAUAGCUGGAGCUAUGGAGCAUCCAAGGGCUAUUGCUUUGGAUCCCAGAUAUGGAAUUCUGUUUUGGACAGACUGGGAUGCAAAUUUCCCUCGCAUUGAAUCCGCUUCCAUGAGUGGGGCAGAGAGGAAGAUCAUCUACAAGGACAUGGACACUGGAGCCUGGCCCAACGGCCUCACUGUGGAUCACUUUGAAAAAAGAAUUGUGUGGACAGAUGCCAGAUCGGAUGCCAUUUAUUCUGCAUUGUAUGAUGGAACCAGCAUGAUAGAGAUUAUACGGGGUCACGAAUAUCUUUCUCACCCUUUUGCUGUUUCUUUGUAUGGGAGUGAAGUUUAUUGGACAGAUUGGAGGACCAAUACCCUCGCCAAAGCCAAUAAAUGGACUGGCCAAAAUGUCAGUGUAAUACAAAAAACAAGUGCUCAGCCCUUUGAUCUCCAGAUUUAUCAUCCAAGUCGUCAACCACAAGCUCCCAACCCUUGUGCUGCUAACGAGGGCAAGGGUCCCUGCUCCCACAUGUGCCUGAUCAAUCACAACAGAAGUGCUGCCUGUGCCUGUCCACACCUGAUGAAACUGGCUCCAGACAAAAAAACAUGUUAUGAAAGAAAGAAGUUUCUUCUUUAUGCAAGGCGUUCAGAAAUCAGAGGGGUGGACAUAGAGAAUCCCUAUUUCAACUUCAUCACAGCCUUCACUGUUCCUGACAUUGAUGAUGUGACAGUCAUAGAUUUUGAUGCUGUUGAGGAACGUCUGUACUGGACUGAUGUGAAAACCCAGACCAUCAAACGUGCCUUCAUCAAUGGGACUGGCUUGGAAACCAUUAUUUCAAGAGAUAUUCAGAGUAUCAGAGGUCUUGCAGUGGACUGGAUAUCACGUAAUUUAUAUUGGAUUAGCUCAGAAUUUGAUGAAACACAAAUAAAUGUGGCACAUUUAGAUGGUUCCUUGAAAACCUCAAUCAUCCAUGGGAUCGAUAAACCCCAGUGUCUUGCAGUUCACCCAGUAAAAGGUAAGCUGUACUGGACGGAUGGUAACACAAUCAACAUGGCAAACAUGGAUGGCAGCAACAGCAAAAUACUCUUUCAGAAUCAAAAAGAUCCUGUUGGUUUAUCAAUAGAUUAUGGGGAGAACAAGCUUUACUGGAUCAGUUCAGGAAAUGGAACCAUAAGCAGAUGCAAUUUGGAUGGUGGUAAUCUUGAAAUAAUAGAAUCAAUGAAAGAAGAUUUAACAAAAGCCACAGCUUUAACCAUUAUGGAUAAAAAGCUUUGGUGGGCAGACCAGAACUUGGCUCAGAUUGGCACCUGCAACAAAAAAGAUGGAAGAAACCCAACUGUCCUGCGAAAUAAAACUGCAGGUGUUGUUCACAUGAAAGUCUAUGACAGAGCAGCACAACAAGGCAGCAAUUCCUGUCAGUUAAACAAUGGGGGAUGCUCCCAGCUUUGUUUGCCAACAUCAGAGACCACCAGAACUUGUGUGUGCACAGUAGGCUACAACCUCCAAAAAAACCGCAUGGCCUGCAAAGGUAUUGAAUCAUUUCUCAUGUACUCUGUCCAUGAGGGAAUUAGAGGAAUUCCUCUUGAUCCAAAUGAUAAAAUGGAUGCUUUAAUGCCUAUAUCUGGGGCUUCGUUUGCUGUGGGCAUAGACUUCCAUGCAGGAAAUGAUACAAUUUAUUGGACUGACAUGGGUUUCAACAAGAUCAGCAGAGCUAAGCGAGACCAAACGUGGAAAGAAGACAUUAUCACAAAUGGUUUGGGGCGAGUUGAAGGCAUUGCAGUGGACUGGAUAGCAGGUAACAUAUACUGGACAGACCAUGGCUUCAACCUGAUCGAGGUGGCGCGGCUGAACGGCUCCUUCCGCUACGUGGUGAUCUCCCAGGGGCUGGAGCAGCCCCGCUCUAUCGCGGUACACCCAGAGAAAGGGUAUUUAUUUUGGACAGAGUGGGGACAGACCCCUUGCAUAGGCAGAGCACACUUGGAUGGCUCUGAGAAGGUCGUCCUUGUGAGCCUGGGGAUUGCGUGGCCUAACGGGAUUUCCAUCGAUUAUGAGGAAAAUAAAUUGUAUUGGUGUGAUGCUCGUACCGACAAGAUAGAAAGAAUUGACCUUGAGAGUGGAGGGAAUCGGGAGAUUGUGCUGUCAGGGAGCAAUGUGGAUAUGUUUUCAGUUGCUGUGUUCGGAGCUUACAUCUACUGGUCUGACAGAGCACAUGCAAAUGGCUCUAUUAGAAGAGGCCACAAGAAUGAGGCCACGGAUGCUGUGACCAUGAGGACUGGCCUUGGAAUAAACCUGAAGGAAGUGAAAAUCUUUAAUAGAGCACGAGAGAAAGGUACCAAUGUGUGUGCCAAGAACAACGGCGGAUGCCACCAGCUCUGCCUUUACCGCGGGAGCGCGCGCAGAACGUGCGCCUGCGCUCACGGCUACCUGGCAGAGGAUGGAAUCAGCUGCCUCAGGCACGAGGGCUACCUGCUCUACUCAGGAAGGACAAUAUUGAAAAGCAUCCACCUUUCAGAUGAGACCAACCUGAAUUCUCCAGUGAGGCCCUACGAAAACCCAGAGUACUUCAAGAAUGUGAUAGCACUGGCCUUCGACUACAGCCUGAAGGGAAGGGGCACCAACCGCAUCUUCUUCAGUGAUGCCCAUUAUGGAAACAUCCAAGUUAUUAAAGACAACUGGGCUGGCAGAAAAGUGCUAAUUGAAAAUGUGGGGUCAGUGGAGGGCCUGGCUUAUCACAGAGCUUGGGACACUCUGUACUGGACCAGCUCCACCACGUCCUCCAUCACCAGGCACACGGUGGACCAGCGGCGCCGCGGGGCGUUCAACCGCGAAGCCGUCAUCACCAUGGCUGAGGACGACCAUCCCCACGUGCUGGCCCUGGAUGAAUGCCAAAACUUAAUGUUUUGGACUAACUGGAAUGAGCAACUCCCAAGCAUCAUGAGAUCCACCCUCUCAGGCAAAAAUGCCCAGGUUAUCAUUAGCACUGAUAUUCUGACACCAAAUGGACUCACCAUUGAUCACAGGGCAGAGAAACUUUACUUUUCAGAUGGCAGCUUGGGAAAAAUUGAGAGGUGUGAAUACGAUGGAUCACAAAGAUAUGUCAUUGUGAAGUCUGGCCCAGGCACCUUCCUCAGCCUGGCUGUGUAUGAUGAGUACAUCUUCUGGUCAGAUGGAGUGAGGAGAGCCAUCCUGCGCUCCAGCAAAUACACGGGAGGAGACACCAAAGUUCUGCGCUCCGACAUCCCGCACCAGCCCAUGGGCAUCAUCGCUGUUGCCAACGACACCAACAGCUGUGAGUUAUCUCCCUGUGCACAAAUGAAUGGAGGCUGCCAUGAUUUAUGCCUUCUGACACCUGAUGGACGAGUGAACUGCUCCUGCAGAGGGGACAGAGUCCUGAUAGAUGAUAACAGAUGUGUGAGUAAAAAUUCUACUUGCAACAUCUAUUCAGAGUUUGAAUGUGGGAACGGUGAAUGCAUUGAUUAUCAACUGACUUGUGAUGGCAUUGCUCACUGUAAGGACAAGUCUGAUGAGAAACUCUUCUACUGUGAGAACAGAGGCUGUCGGAAGGGCUUCAAGCCGUGCUCCAACCGCCGCUGUGUUCCCAGCCACAAAGUCUGUGACGGCGCCAACGACUGUGGUGACAACUCUGAUGAAUUCGACUGCAAAGACUCAGCGUGCGCCUCGACAGAAUUCCGCUGUGCAGAUGGGGCUUGCGUCGGGAAAUCAGCGCAGUGCAACCAGAUCAUCGACUGUGCAGAUGCCUCGGAUGAGAAGAACUGCAAUAAUACAAACUGUUCUUACUUCUAUAAACUUGGCAUAAAAUCUUCAGGAUUUAUCAGCUGUAAUUCCACUUCCCUCUGCAUACUGCCAGAAUGGAUUUGUGAUGGAUCUAAUGACUGUGGGGAUUAUACAGAUGAACUAAAAUGCCCAGUUCAAAACAAACCCACAUGUGAAGAAAAUUAUUUUGGUUGUCCUAGUGGAAGAUGUAUUCUGACCACCUGGCUUUGUGAUGGGCAGAAAGACUGUGAGGACGGAGUAGAUGAAUUGCACUGUGAUUCCUCCUGCUCAUGGAAUCAGUUUGCCUGCUCUGCAAACAAGUGCAUCUCCAGGCAGUGGACCUGUGAUGGAGAGGAUGACUGUGGAGAUGGUUUGGACGAGAGCGACGCCGUUUGUGGCUCAGUGACCUGUGCUGCAGGCACCUUCAGCUGCCUGGGCUCCCACGCCUGCGUGCCCCAGCACUGGCUCUGCGACGGCGAGCGCGACUGCCCCAACGGGAGCGAUGAGCUGUCCACAGCAGGCUGUGCUCCCAAUAACACUUGUGAUGAGAAUGCUUUCAUGUGCCAUAACAAAGUCUGCAUUCCCAAACAGUUUGUUUGUGACCACGAUGACGACUGUGGAGAUGGAUCAGAUGAAUCCCUGGAAUGUGGGUAUCGCCGCUGUCGUCCUGGAGAGUUCACCUGUGCUGAUGGACGGUGCCUGCUCAACUCCCAGUGGCAAUGUGAUGGGGAUUUUGACUGCCCAGACCACUCUGAUGAGGCACCUAUCAACACCAAGUGCAAAAGUUCAGAGCAGUCAUGUAACAGCUCUUUUUUUAUGUGCAAAAAUGGGAAGUGCAUUCCUCAAAGCAAAGUUUGUGAUAACAAAGAAGAUUGCAGUGAUGGGUCUGAUGAGAAAAGCUGCCACGUUAAUGAAUGCCUCAGUAAGAAAGUCAGUGGCUGUUCCCAAGAUUGUCAGGACCUUCCUGUUGGAUACAAGUGCAAAUGCUGGCCUGGAUUCCUCCUGAAGGAUGAUGGCAAAACGUGUGUGGAUAUUGAUGAAUGUUCAUCUGGAUUUCCCUGCAGCCAGCAAUGCAUCAAUACCUAUGGAACCUACAAAUGCUUGUGUGCAGAGGGCUAUGAAACACAGCCUGAUAACCCAAAUGGCUGCAAAUCCCUCUCAGGGGCUGAACAAUGUGAUUGCAAUAGACUUUGACUACAGAGAAGAGUUCAUUUAUUGGAUUGAUUCCAGCAGACCGAAUGGCAGCCGCAUAAACAGAAUGUCUUUAAAUGGAAGUGAC